GUUUGUCACAAGCGCUUCAGCAGCACCAGCAACCUGAAGACUCACCUGCGUCUGCACUCGGGGGAGAAGCCGUACCACUGCAAGCUCUGCCCGGCAAAAUUCACCCAGUUCGUCCACCUCAAGCUGCACAAGCGCCUGCACUCCCGCGAGCGCCCGCACAAAUGCUCCCACUGCCACCGCCACUACAUCCACCUGUGCAGUCUGAGGCUUCACCUGAAGGGCUACUGCCCCACGGCGUCCAAUCAGGGCGACCCGGAGGAGGUACAGCGCGCCAACGAGGAGAUCGAGCGCUUCGACGUCAGCGAGCACGCCGAGCAGCUGGAGCAGCUCCAGGGCGGCGCGGAGGUCGAGGCCAUUUUGGAGAAGCAGAUUUUGGGGAUUCUGUGGAGGGAGAGCGACCUCAAGUCCUCUCACUUCCAUCCCCACCACAAGGGCGGCGCCAACGACCUUCUUUCUGCCGGUUACGGUGCGUACGAUUCCCCGAAUGAGACGUCGGUGAUCAAGAUGCUGAACAGCAGCCCCGUCCUGCCGCACCCUGCCAACGUCACCGUCAAGCAGGAGUCGGAGGAUCACGCUUAAGUGACGUUUAACCCCAAAAGACACUGAGUUAAGACUCAAAGACUUCAUUGCCAGGAGCAACCGCUGUAAAUUCGUAAUUACCUGGUUCAGGAGUGACUUCCUGUUCGCACCAGGUCUUCAGGGACUCGCGUACUCAGGGCUCAAGAGACACUGUCCCAUGACUACUUAGCGUUUAUUAUACUUAGAGACAAUCAUCUACCCUUUAAUGUAAUUAAUAUAAUGCUAUUAUAAUUAUUGUUGUUGUAUUAUUUGGUCUCUAUUUUCAAAUGUUUUUGUUUUUUUUGUUGAUCAAUUAGUUGUUAUAUAACCUCCUUAAUUUAUUAUACUUUUUAUUUGUUGUCUUCAAACGCAAUAAGUGGAAGGGAUGGUUACACUGACGGGGUGAAAUCAAUGUAAAAUACUUGUAUUUUCUGUUUUUGUAUUUCUCUGUGGCCAUUACUCUGUAGUCACUCUCUCUAUGCCGUCCGUCAUGACGCCUCUGACCUAUAGAACCAGGGGUGUCCACUCUUCAGGGUUUUAUCGAUGUAAGAUUUAGAAACCAAUAUUGCAGGUUAAAAGAAAGGGUUGAAAAACUUGCCAAAGUGGGGCACAUGAAUUUGUUAAUUUACCAAGAAGAGCUUUAUUUCAACCCUGCUUCAUAGCUUCCCUAAAGUAUGUCUGUGUCCUUUUUCUGAUGCCUACUUAAUUUAAUUUGAAACAAAAAAGGGCAUUUGUUUUGUAUAUUUUUUACAACGGUUACCUCAGUGUGCAUGUGAUGAUAUGAGAGUAUGUGUGUUUGUGAGUGUGUUUUAAAGGGACAGCUAAAGGUGGGAGCUUUCUAUUUAUUUGCGUUUUUGCUACUUGAAGAAGAAGAAACCAAACUGAACUGGACUGCAGCUCUUGGCUUGGUCCAAA